AUGCCUUCCUACCACGACGAGCUUAUCGGCACCUGGCGCAGUGUGUCCAUAACGAUGUCCAACGCCAGCGAGACGAUUCAUCCCUUCGGCGAGGACGUGAAGGGUUACCUUGUAUACUCCCCGGACGGCUACAUGUCCGCACACGUCACAAGCUCAGAGGCCAUGACACCAUAUGCUGCCGGCUUCAACAACCCGACUGCCGACGAAGCACUGUUCUAUGCUCGCCAUACCAACGGGUACACCGGCCGAUACUAUGUGCAUGAAGAAGGGAGUCGGAAGGCGACAGUAUAUCAUGAGAUCCAGAUCAGUAAUCCUCCGAACUUCGUUGGUGGCAUCCAGAAGCGGAACCAGGAGAUCUGGGAGGACGACCAAGGGAGACUCCGGCUAACCAUAACGGUCGAUGAGAAAGUGAAGCUAGCGAAGGGCGAAGGCGUACUGACCCUUCAGUGGGUGAAGGUGGAUGUGCAUGACGUGAGCGUAGAGGUUCCGCAGAAGUACGAGAAAAUAGGCGAUCGCUGA